CUCUCAGGUUACUAGAAAAAGAUCCAUUUGACUUCCAUCUUUCGGUUCGUAGUUCGGAGCUUCCCCACACGGUGGUGAAUUCUUUCGAACAAUUCAUUCUCCUAAUGGAUGAUGAUGGACAAAUUGAAACCUCAUUGGCCGAAAUCCAAUCCUUCUUUGAUUCCGCACCUCCUUUGAAAGACCGUGAAGGGAUCAUCACCAAAGUUCAAGACUUUAUACACAAGAAUUCUUCUUCUUCUGGGAUCGGAAAAGCUGCCAGAGUGGUCUGUGUUACUUCAGGAGGUACUACUGUUCCAUUGGAGCAACGAUGUGUUCGCUACAUUGACAAUUUCAGCUCUGGCCGCAGGGGAGCUGCAUCCACUGAGUACUUUCUGGAAGCUGGUUAUUCUGUCAUCUUUUUGUAUCGAAGUGGUACCUGUCAGCCAUACUGUAGCACUCUUCCUGAUGAUCCAUUCCUGAAUUGCUUCGAUGCUUCUGAUGACACAGCUAUUCAAGUCCACCCGUCAUUUGCGAAAGAAGUCAAAAGAGCCAUCAAAGAGAAUCGUGCAGCUGUUCUGGGAGGACGAUUGUUGAAACUUUCUUUUACAACAAUUUUCGAGUAUCUUCAGAUGUUACAGUUGAUUGCUACAUCAAUGAAUACCCUUGGACCAAGUGCUAUGUUCUAUCUUGCCGCUGCUGUCUCUGAUUUUUAUGUUCCUUGGGAAACUAUGAAUGUACACAAAAUUCAGUCAGGGUCUGGUCCUUUAGACAUAAGCCUCGCCCAAGUGCCUAAAAUGAUUUCCGCACUAAGGAGAGAAUGGGCACCUUUGACCUUCUGUAUAUCAUUUAAACUAGAGACUGAUUCAAAGAUUCUUUUAGAGAAGGCUCGUAGGGCCCUUAAAAAGAACAAAGUACAUUUGGUGGUAGCUAAUGAGCUUUCAACUCGUAAAGAGGAGGUCAUAGUUGUUGCAGAGAAUGAAGAGAUUGUAGUUCGAAGAAACCAGAGUAAAGCAGAGGCUGAAGUUGAGAGGCCACUGGUUGCACUGCUGGUGGAUAGACAUUCAGCUUAUAUAAAGCAUUCAGGAUCAUGAUCACUUAGCAAAAGUAUUUGACUUGUUCAUCCUGAAAGUGAUUCGUAAUGGCUCAUCCAGAAAGCGUUUGCUUUCUUUCAGUCAAUUCAUACUUUUGUUUUUGUUGAAUAAAGCUGGAAUUAAGGCAAUGAUGGUUGCCAAAUGUUUCUUAUUUACUAUUGAAUGGUAGCAACUUCUAAUUUAGGGGAUCCGGCAUGAAGAUGCUGACAACAGUAUUGGUGCAGUUUGACUUAGCUUGCUUCAGAGAUCGAUAGUUUUAAGGAUUUCACUGUGAAGGAAGUGGAUGUUGCUUCCUUUUUGUGUUUUCUUUUCCUUCGUUGAAAGAAUGAAGAAAAUCUAGCAAUAAUGUUAAAACCAUGUUCGGUUGAACAAUGUUGACUGUAUACAUCUUUCAUAUAUAAACUGGAAAUCCCUGUAUACAACAAUAUUCAUUCCUAUUUUAUAUACAAUAUACAUAAAUCUCAAAUGUUGUUAAAAAUCUAAGAAAGAAUCUUAUGGUCGAAAACAGUAUAUAUUUGCUGUAUGCAUCCAUCUUCACAAAUCAUCAUUUUCAUCCUUUUCAAGCUCCAGGCCUUCAGCAGCCAAUAACCUGCUAAUGACUUUCUUCUGCUCUUCUUCAGCUUUCUUUCGCAUUAAAUCUCUCUUUUUCAGUACGAGUGUAUGCCGCCUCAAAGUGUUGUUGAAGUUUUGCAUAGAUGCUUUCUUCUCUUUCGCAAGUAUUUUCCUUUCUUCUUCAGGAUCAAUCUAAGUCCAUUCAAAAUGCAAAUCAACUACAUGGUACAACUAUGAACAAAAUUCGACGGGUGUGGAAGCAAAAAGGAGAGCCCAUUAGAGUUGGACAAUAAUUCAAACAUUUCUUAACACGAAAGAGUGCAAGCUAAAACAUAACCAAAGGGCUUCAGUAAUGAAGCUGUGAAUUAGAUACAUACAACAAUCUUUCCGUCACUUCAACGACAUUCAUGAGCAAAUUUUCUCCCACGAGGUAGGAAUUGAUCUAGCAUGACUAGAUUUGCCAUCUAGGAGUUUUCAGGAUUAUGAAGAUGAAAUGAAUGCAAUGGUAUAGUGCAUGAAAAAUGUCAAUGAUUCAUCUUCAUCAAACUUUCCCAACGAAAUCGACAUCCAGAUGAAGGUUUAAGGGAUCAGUAAAAGUGGGACUCCUGACCAUCUCUCUCUUCACCUUCCUUCCCAAAGGAUCGAAAAGUUCAGCGGCUUUACAGAUUCCAGACAGCUAAAAUGGGCUUACAAAAUGCAAAAACACACCUACCUUUGAACGAGCUAGCCGACGUGCUCGAAGAUUGAGUUCACGCUGCUGCUGCUCAGCCCAGGCAGCAAUGGCCAUAUCACCCCGCUGGUCGAAUGCUUUCCUCUUUUUGAUAAUCCAUUCCAUCCAUGCUUGAGAAGCCUAAUGGAAAACCAAUAAAAUAAUUUUUCAAUGCAUUAAUAUUCGAGGGUCAAGAUACUUUUCAACACUCAAACCGACACUAAGCUUCACCUUCAUCGGAUUCACUCGAUUGUCCAUGUCAUAUUUCCUUCGGCUCUCCUCAUCUAUUAGCAGCUCAUAUGCUGCUUGAAUUUUUAUAAAUCGAGCUUCAGCUGUUUCCCCUUCAUCCAAAGUUCCUUUGCCAUCAUAAACUAGUAGAGAUGAAGAGAAAUGGAUUAGCAAACAGAAAUUUGACUGUAAAAGCAUUAGCAACCUCAUUAAACUCCAAAAGAUUAACAGAUGUUUCUCAUGGCAAAUGAAAAAGUAUUGAAUCCUUUUAUCACCAGAAUCUUGAUAGGCGCAUAUGACAUUAAGCUAAACCAAUGAUCAAAACUCUGUAAUUAAGUAGGAGAUAAACCAUCAAGAUCAAGGAAGGAAACCACUCAAAAACAACAAAACUUGUCAUUGCUAGUAACAAACAGUUAGCUAAUUAUGGCCAUUUCCCUUGCCUGGAGCAAAGAGAAUCUAAUAGUAUCAUAGGUUAAGAUGUCAUAAUCAGUUUAACUUCUAAUAUACCUUCUGAAUCCAUAUUUAUUUAUGGAUACUAGCAUCAUACAGUACAGCUUCACCACCAUAAAAGAAAGGAGUUGAUAGCUAUUAUGCUCAUGACAUGACCUUGAGAUGUUAUUCGACGGACAAAAGUAAAGAGAUCAAGGAGAGAAGAAACAGAAUUUUUUUUUUCAGGAUAAGAGUGUACUUCGUACUGCCUGAUAACAUCUAAACACCGCAUUCUGUUUUGAGCAAAAUCGAGACAACUUUAUCUCCUUAAACAUUUCAUCUAUGUAGAGGAAAUAGUACAUACACUAAUUAAAUUUAAAUGCAUUGAGAAAACUAGAUACAGUUGGAACCAACCAUCGGGAUGAUAGAACUUCGCCAACCGUCUAUAAGCAACCUUUAUUUGCUCCUCAUCUGCAUCCCUUUCCAAUUCUGUUGUCAAAGAAUCCACUGGUCACUUUUGGAACACUACAAAGGGAAGACAACAAGUCGAAACCAAGACGAAAGCAAACAACAUCCUUUCCUCGAACAGAACAAAUGUCACUUUGAGAUGAAUCUAAUAUAACCCAAAAAGCACUACAAUGAAGUAACAAAAGGCAUUUACAGGUUACAGGGUUCAGCUCACAAGUAAAGGAAAAACCUAGAUGAUCAAAGAUAAACAUUCAUCUUAGGGAAACCAUGAAAUUACCAAGGGUUUCAUACGGCGAUUUAGAAUCGUUCCAAUUCGAAGAAGCUUUAACAGCCAUCCUCCUCUGCUGCUGAUUCAAUCUCCAUCUUCCAUCCCAAGACUCCAUUUUUACAGCUGAAUCCAUUCCCAACAAAGGGGGAGGGCAUAAAAACACUUUAACGGAACGCUUUGCUGAAAAUCCAGGGAAACCCAUAUCGGAAUUCUUUAUUGAAACCGUCACCUUCACCACCGAUCGGCAACAUGAAAAAACUGUAUGGGGCUUACAAACUGCCCUGAAACUUCCCAUCCUUUCUCCUUAAAUCUUCAACCAAGUCGUGAAUUCACUACAAAAGGGUUUUGAAUUUUCUUUCUUUUCGCUUAUUUCCAACUUUCGGAUGAUAAAUUUGGAAUGGUUAAAGUCGUGAAGGAAGUGAAGAGGUGAUGAAUGAUGGGGAAUCUUCUUUGGUGAAUCUAAAAAAAAAAAAAAAGUUUCUUUUCAUUUACGGUUUAUUUUGUGGAUGGUUUGGCUCCAAAUUUAGUUGACAGUUGAGGAAGAAAUUCGCUCACUUGACAAUUUUGCCCACAGUUCAUUCGCCUAAUUUCAAAAAUUGGACGUAGAUGUCUUUCUCAUUCAGGCUGCUUUGUUUGCCUAAUUUUAUUUUUUUUUUCUUUCUGCAGUUUGAUUUUUC